AGCCGGGCUCCGGGGCGGGGCGUGGGCCCGGGGGCGGAGGAGCCCGGGAGGCGGGAGGCGCUGGGGCCGUUUAAGCGGCCUCCCUCCCGCCCCCAGCCGCCCGGUCUAGCCCUGGCCCUGUCUGGACCCCCAGCCUGGCCCACUCCGGCCCACGCGGCCGAGCGGCUCCGUGGGGCACGCAGGCGGGCUCCGGAGCAGCCCAAGCCCAUGAGGGCCGCGCACCCGGCCGCCGGUGCUGACAAGACGGAGCUCCGGGCCCCAGAGGAGGAGUGGAGGAUCAAUGCGGUUCAAGAAUCGAUUCCAGCGGUUCAUGAACCAUCGGGCCCCAGCCAAUGGCCGCUACAAACCAACUUGCUACGAACAUGCUGCUAACUGUUACACACACGCAUUCCUCAUUGUCCCGGCCAUUGUGGGCAGUGCCCUCCUCCAUCGGCUGUCUGAUGACUGCUGGGAGAAGAUAACAGCAUGGAUUUAUGGAAUGGGCCUCUGCGCCCUCUUCAUCGUUUCCACAGUAUUUCACAUUGUGUCAUGGAAAAAGAGCCACUUAAGGACAGUGGAGCACUGUUUUCACAUGUGUGAUAGAAUGGUUAUCUAUUUCUUCAUUGCUGCUUCUUACGCUCCAUGGUUAAAUCUCCGUGAACUUGGACCCCUGGCAUCUCAUAUGCGUUGGUUUAUCUGGCUCAUGGCAGCUGGAGGAACCAUUUAUGUAUUUCUCUACCAUGAAAAGUAUAAAGUGGUUGAACUCUUUUUCUAUCUCACAAUGGGAUUUUCUCCAGCCUUGGUGGUAACAUCGAUGAACAACACCGACGGACUUCACGAACUUGCCUGUGGAGGCUUAAUUUAUUGCCUGGGAGUUGUGUUCUUCAAGAGCGAUGGCAUCAUUCCGUUUGCUCACGCCAUCUGGCACAUGUUUGUGGCCACGGCAGCUGCAGUGCAUUACUACGCCAUUUGGAAAUACCUUUACCGGAGUCCCACGGACUUUAUGCGACACUUAUGACCGGUCUUGUACCAGGUCUCCAAACCAGUAUUAUUUCAAUUAUAGCACUUGGGAGUGGGGUAGGAGCUGAAAAUUGCACAGGGAAAGAAGAAAAAAAAAAAGGAAAGAAGAAGGCGGCAACUGCACUGACUUCCUUUAUAUCUUUCGAAAAUAAUUACUGUGAAAGUAUAAAAGCUGUGUUCCGGAAUCUUCCCCCUCACAGCAAAUAAAUAAGGUAGUGAAUUAAUUUUCAUUCCAUUCUACUAUCAUGAAGGACUCUGGAUAGGCUUGGCCAGCUGAUGUUUACAAACCAGAAUUUUGUAUUUUAAUUUUACAGAUUUUACUACAUGGUUUUUCUAAAUUACUAGGUCCAGUUGUUAAGUCAGUGCAAUAACAAGGCUUCCUUUUUAAGAAAAAAAAAAAAAAUUGUUUCUAUCACUUUCCCAUUUGCUGUGUAAAGAAUCAUGGACGUGAACUUACACUACUUUUCACCCUGUUUCAUCUGGGCAUAACAUGGUUAUUUUUUAAAUAGGAACUUUAGUUUUUUGUAAAUUUUUAAAAAAGGUUUCAUGGAAACACACCUCUGCACUUCCUCAUUCAUGUGAAUUUGUGCAGCAAGCGGUCAACAUUCCACAGACGAACAAACAUCGUACCUCUUCUGAUCGUUUUAUUAAGCGAGGAGAAAUUGCCAAUUUUUAAAAGCUGCAGUUUUCCAAACUUUUCUGCCAACCUCUGACUCUGAAUUCAGUGCUGCUUUGGGGUAUAUACUUGACCUAGCUUGGUUUACCAGUGAUGGAGAAGUAUUUUGAUAUCAUUCACUUUUUUCAAAAAAAUUCAACUUUUUCUCUAUGCCUUUGCCAUGUUCUCUCUUCAGGGCUGCUUUCAGCAGCGGAGGGGCACCCCAUCCUAUGUGAUAUGCGAGGGGGUUGUCGGGCUGGCCCUCUGCUGGAAACUCCUGAGGAGCAGUGUGAAUUACCGUGAAUAGCUGUAUUGCCUGUUUGGUGCCCAGCAGUGAAGUCAUUGUCACUUAGCUUAAUAUUACCAGUUUGCUAUUUAUUUUAAAUUGUGGAAUAAGAUGCAUAAAUUCACAUUUCUCCCUUUCCUCUGUAUGUCCCAGUAUACUAUUUUUUUAUAGACAAAUAUUUAAAGUAUUGUUUGCCAGGUAGAAACUCGUGUUGUCUGUACAACCCUGGCUCAGUGGAGUGGUAUUUAUGCAUUAUUUUUAUGUUCUCUCAGUGUCUUAUAUUAAGAUUAACAUAUUAGUUGCUCUGUUGAUUAAUCUCUCCUGUUGGUGUUUUAAUAAAUGAAAUAGCCUUGCCUUUAGAUCAGGUGCCGAUACUGUCUGUUUUCAGUCGUCAAUUUGACGAUAAGCUUAUCCAUUGACAUUUUGUACUGAUGUGGCUUUAAAAGCAGGUUUAUUUUGUAUGCACAUGUUUAGAACUCUGAUUGUGGUGAGUUAUGUGGGAAUGAGGAACAGAACUGGUAUUUACUAGAGAAUUCUUCAUACAGACAAGGUACCCAGCGACAACACCAACUAGCCCACCCCUAUCUGCAUGAUUCUGAACAUCUGGAUGCCGAUUGUUUUACUGUAUAUAUUUUACUUUGAAUAUAUUAACUUGUCGUGGAUUCAUUUAAAGUCUGCUCAAACGUAGCACUGUCAAAACCACUAAACGAUGUGUAAACAUUGUGCUGUAAACUAUAAUAAAAUUGUUACUUGGAUUCAUUCCA